AUGACAAGUGUUUCGUUAUAUCGGGUGGUUGUUACGACCGCUGUGAUACUUUCCUUAGGGAGUACAUCUACAGCGAAAAAAUCAAAACCACACAUCAUCUUCAUCGUAGCUGACGAUCUAGGUUGGAAUGAUGUCGGCUGGCAUAAUCGAUACAUGCGGACCCCCACCAUUAACCGCCUAGCUAGACAAGGGGUCAUUCUCAACUCUUCAUAUGUCCAUCCCACGUGUACACCAUCCCGGAGUAGCAUUCUCACCGGAAUAUAUCCUUUCCGGCUUGGACUACAGAAUGGGGUCAUCAGACCCUCCGAAGCCAAGCACCUGCCAACCAAUUAUUCAACACUUCCGGAAAAACUGCAGGAAGCCGGAUAUGCAACGCACAUGAUUGGAAAAUGGCACUUGGGGUUCUGUAAUUGGCGGUAUACUCCCACUCAGAGGGGUUUUGACAGCUUCUUGGGUUUCUACACCGGAGCGCAGGACUACUACAAACAUACGAGAGAAAAUGGUUACGACUUCAGAUUUAAUGCGUCUGUUUACCAUCCCCCGAAAAAGCAAUACUCGACAAAAACUUACGCUGAUCGUGCUGUUGAGGUGAUACGGGAGAACCAAAAGUCGGAUAAACCCCUAUUCAUGUACCUGUCAUUCCAGUCCGUCCAUACUCCACUACAGGUUCCAAAAAAGUUCCAGUCAAUAUAUAAGAAUGUUAAGAACAAGGACAGGAGGAUAUACAAUGGUAUGGUCACAGCUAUGGACUCCGCUAUAGGCACUGUCAUUGCUGCCCUGAAAAAAUAUAGAUAUUUACAGAACUCGAUCAUCGUCUUUACGACCGAUAACGGAGGAGCCGCUCACGUAGCCGGAAAUAACCUUCCCCUGAGGGGUUCCAAGACUACUCUAUGGGAGGGUGGUACUCGGGCGGUAUCCUUCGUACUCGCCAAGAAAUACCAGAAACGGAAACGCUUUGUUCAUGAUGGGUUGUUCCACGCCGUCGACUGGUUCCCUACACUACUAGCAGCGGCUGGUGUGAAAACUAAAGGGAUGGACUUAGACGGUGUGAACCAGUGGCCCAUGUUGAAGGGAAAGCCAUCCCGAAGGAGGGAGUUUAUCUACAACAUCGACUCCAGUAACAUUGGGUCCUCUGUAGCCGCCAUUAGAUAUGGUGAUUACAAGCUGAUUCAAGGUAGCCCUGGAAAAUACAACGACUGGUAUAGAGUACCUAAGAGCCCCGCUAAAUGUACCAAGUUUAAGGAGAUCCAAGACGAAGAAGAGAAAGACUACUUUAGAUAUGGAGGUCUGAAUCAGGUGAUGAAGAAGGUAAAAACCUACUUUUCCUGGGUGUUCGGAAAGGUGACCGGGGUCAGCUGGAAACAUUACCGCUUCAAAAAACUACAGAAACACUGUCUUCAGGAGGAGAAGAAAUUAAUGAAGAAGUUUAUCUUCCCCAAAUACCAAAUGUUUGACAUCAGAAAUGAUCCCACUGAAAGACAUAACAUUGUUAUCGACAAAAUUCAAGUAUUCAUCAAGAUGAAACGUCGAUUGGACAGUUAUAUUGCGAAGGCGGUGGAGCCUCAAAGCCGGAGAAAAUAUACCCGCUCUAACCCGGAUUUCCAUGAUGGUGUGUGGUCAGAUGGCUGGUGUUAAAGGCAACAACAGGCAAACAUAUCUGGUGUAGCAGUGCCAAAUGUCUUACUCUACAAACAUUGAAAAAAUAAAUAUGAUUUAUUGUCAGGGCUGUUUCGGAUGGAAUCUCAAUAUUACAUAUAUCGUUUAAUAAUAUCAUUGCCGAGAUUCUUCACUUCACAUAACGAAGUCAGUUAGGCGUUUAGAUUGCAUACAUAUCAACAUCAUGAACCCGCUUCAUCUUGAUUGUGAUGGAAGCUUUAUUGAGGCACAUGGUGGACCAAAGAAAUUCUGCUGGUCUAUAAGAGGAAUAGACUUGGCCGGUUUCGUGUUUUACAUUCAAAUUCAUCUGGUGUCACUAAAAUGUUCAGCAGAAGCUAAAUAUCAUACGUCUUCACCUGUUUAGAACGGUAAAAUUGUGUACGGGCGGACGUCCGGACAGAGAAUUACACAUCAUUGGAUCUGACUCCAUAUACAACCACUUGGAACGUCCGCACGAUAACUGAUAUAGAUAUGUAUGAUGUCUUUGGUAGUUAAUUACAUUUCUUUUUGUUGUUAUUUUGUUAUUUUCACAAAGUUGUUGUGGUGCUUGUUCCAUAAUGUGUUCAAUAUUACUUCCUGGAAAUAAUGAGAAUAUGAAUGAAAAUGGUUGGAGUCCCUUUAAUGUCAAUCGUAACGUAUCAAUAUAUUGUGGCUACAGGGAUACCAGCCUAAAAAUGAUACAGGUAAAACAUUCUUAGAACGAUUAUAAAUCAUACAGGUAAGUAAUUACAGAAAUACACUGUAAAAUAGUUUAGGUUAAACCAGGUCGUGGUGAUAUCAAAUGUCGGUGACGAAUUUUGUUUCAUAUUUAUAUAAAUAUAUAAGGUAGGUUUUUAUCGUCCCUAGAUUAAAAUUACGUAUAGUUGGUACUACGGACGCUUUAAUUGUGUUUGCCCUCUACACCACUUACUGGUGGUUAGCGGUAGCAAUUUGAGCUCUUACUGUUUGAUACCAAAUGUCCAUCCACUAAAUAAGCGACAGUACCUAUUAUUAGAAAGUUGCAUGUUAGGGAUGUUCAGUACUGUAAUCAAGGUGUACAUUUAUCAUAAUUUUAACCAGUGGAGAUUUUAUUUCAUCAGAACCGGUGAUAGUAUAUGGUUAUUUUAAUUGAUUGUAAGUUAGUUAAUUGUAUAACCGGUACUGGUUUAUUUUCUGGACUGUGUCGGUAGUAUGUUAACUAGUAACCAGUGCAGUUUAUAUUCCCCUAAACGUGGAGUUGUUUUGUCUGUGCUUGUUGUUUUAACCAGGGACUAUUUAUUUUGAUGCCGCCGCUUACUUUGUUAUAAGUGCAUAUGUAAUGAUACUUUGUUUAUUUUGCCAACGGUAACAGUUUAAGAUUUUCAUGGCGCCUUAUUUCUUUUAACCGGUGACAAUGCGUUUGUAAGCGACCGCUUAAAGUUACUGUAUCGAUAGUGAUGAUCGCUUGAAAUGACAGCUUAUUUCUUUGAAAGUGGUUGAAGAUUGAACCUACAGUUUAUUUCCGUGAUAGUGACGAUCGCUUGAACUGACAACUUAUUUCAUUGAUAGACACGAGAGUUUGAAGCGACAACUUAUUUCCUUGAUAGAGACGAGAGUUUGAGGCGACAACUUAUUUCCUUGUCCUCAGAUGCAGUUUAUAUUCUUGACUGGCGCUACCUUUCCUGUAAACAGUUUUUUUUAAACUGUUGACAAGAUUAUGUUCUCGAAAACAAUAGUCACUGCCCUCUUAUUAUCAAUAGCAUUUCCUUUUUUUCGAUGCCAUUUUACUUUCAUGAUGUCAAUGGUUAUUUUCCUCUCGCUACCGGUGAAAUUUCAUUUUCUCCUUACGAUGACAAAAUAUUUUUGAAGACCUAUUAUUAUUUUUCUCUGGUUACUCUAUGUUAAAUACCUCUCUAAUGUGUUAACAGAUAAGGGCUACUGUUGUUGUAUUAUCAGGAAACUGUGUGCCAACUAGUAUUUAUACAAAUACAUAUCACAAGCUCGUAGUCAUGCCAAAGAGGAUUUGAUCCAGCAUGCUUGUUUGUUUAUUUUAAUACAAUGUUUACUACAAUAACGCUGCAAAUGCUUGUUGCUUAUCAUUGUUUUACUAGAAACAUUUUACACUGAAUGUCUAUAUUUGUAUUACUGCUAUGAAUUAUUAUGCAUUCCGACAGCUUUACGCACGAAGACCCCAGUCUCCUAUUGACGAUGACAACACACUGUGUGAUCUGAAUAUGAUAAGAAAUAUGAUUAUAUUGUUAGUCAGUUCUACUUAAAUUUGUAGUAAUUUUAAGUCAGUGGUGAAACUUUCGAACUGUUGGUAAUGGCUUCCUCUGGUGUCGUUUUGGCCAAGCGAGCUUAUACAGUGGUAACGUCAAAUAAAGUUUGUAAAAGCAAAUGGCUUUGUCCAAAAUCUGAGGUACUAAACGUAAUUUUUGUCAUGAACUUCAAAUGACUUCUUCUGAUAAAUCAAAAAGCUUACAAUCAUGACAUCUGACUAGUAUCAAGGAAGGAUACAAGGCUGCCGCGCAAUAAAGUUUCUAAAUGGAAAUGACCUCGGACAUAUUCAAAGUCACAGGGGUCAAAUUUGUUUUCCGGGAAAGAAUCUUUAAGUCAUUAAUAAACAUUAUUAAUUCUGAGUAUAGUGCAGGUACUUGUUGUAUCCACUUUGAAUGUUAAUGCUGUGAAACAUCGAAUACCAGGUGAGCGAUCUAGAGCCUCAUUUUACUUGUCCUAAUUUGUUGGCUCAUUUAAGCACACUCCCGAAGAAAGCGCGGAAAGGUUGGUAAGGGGAUAUUGUUGUGGGAAGAAUCCAUGGGAAACACGCCUGGUCGGGUGCAGUUGACGUAAGUCUGGUCGGAGGUUCGAACGCUGACUGUCUAUGUGAAGGGAGUGUGCGCUCUCUCGACUGUUUCUUAAAUACAGGCAAUCAUGGAAGAUUUUUUCUAUCUUUAUUUUCAAAUGAGGAUUUCCGUUUGCUGGUAUAUGUGUGUUUUACCAUAAUAAUUACACGAAGGGAUGUUGACAAACACUUAUGAUGUUUCCAGCAUACUGAAGUGUUGUUAAAUAAUAUGUAUUUGGUGAACACCUAAUUCAAACGCUAUGUAGACCCAGCAAUGUUAGCCAAUAUGGUCAAUAGAAAUAUAUUUAACAUCGUGUAUUUUUAGCACCCGCAGUUGUGUAAUUGAUAAGUAUUGUAAAAGUAUUGCCAUUAUUUGUAAUAUAUAUAUAUACUUUGUUAUUGGGUGAACUUUGUGAUAAAUAGUGCUACAGCCUAUCUGAUGCCUGUAUAAGUAUUUAUUUUACAGCGUGUACUUUGUUAUCGUUGUGAACUUUGUACUAGAAAAGAAUGAACCAUGUAUAAAAUAGAAUGUACUAGCGGCGUGUA